AUGAUGAAAUAUAUUACAACAAAAAAAACUGUAAGUAGUUCAGAUACUGAGAAAUCUGAUAAUGACUCUAAUAUUAAUUAUACUUUAGAUGAAUUAAGGAUAAAAAUGGAAAUAGCACAAAAAAAGCAUUUUGGCUAUAAAAAUUUAAAAGAUUUUCAAGUAGAAGCUGUUCAUGCAACUUUUCAUAAAAAAGAUAGUUUUAUCGUCAUGGCAACUGGAAUGGGAAAGUCACUUUGUUAUCAAAUUCCUUCAUUAAUGGAUGAAUCAAAAAAAAAAUUUACAAUUGUCAUUUCUCCUUUAAUAUCAUUAAUGAAAGAUCAAGUAGAUAAUUUAAACAGAAAAAAAAUAUCAUCAGUAUUUUUAGGAAGUGGACAAAAAAUGAAUAGUGAGAAAAUUUUAACGGAAAUUAAACAUGGCUUAUAUAAUAUAGUUUAUUGUAGUCCUGAAUAUGCAUUAAAUAAUAAGAAUUUAUUUACCCUAUUAAAAAAAAGAAUAUUAUUAAUUGCAAUUGAUGAGGUUCAUUGCAUGUCUGAAUGGGGUCACGAUUUUAGACCAUCCUAUAGAAAACUAAAUGAACUAAGAAGUAUAUUAAAGGAAAUACCUAUUAUGUGCUUAACUGCAACUUGUACAAAAAAUGUUCAAAGUGAUAUUUUAAAAAAUUUAAAUUUUGAUUUAAACAAUUGUUUAAUAAAAAGAAGUAGUGUAAAUAAAAAGAAUUUAUAUUAUAGUGUUAAAACGAAAACAAAUCUUUAUGAUGAUUUAAAAUAUAUAUUAGAUAUCCCAGUUAAAAAGUCUUUAGAGAGAACCAAAAAAUUCAUAGAUAAUUCGAAAAUAUGCCCAUAUAACUCUACUUUAAUAUAUGUAAAUUCCAAGAAAGAGUGUGAAAGUAUUCAUGAUUUUUUGAAGGAUAAAGGAUUAUUAGUUAGUAUGUAUCAUGCUGAUUUAAGUAAUGAAGAAAAAAAAGAUGCUCAUGAAAAAUUUUUAAAAGACGAGAUUCAAAUUAUAGUGGCAACAGUCGCCUUUGGGAUGGGUAUUGACAAGCCAGAUAUUCGCAGAAUUAUUCAUUAUGGUUUUGCUAGAUCGUUAGAAGCAUACGUUCAACAAGUUGGAAGAGCAGGUAGGGACAAUAGUAAUGCUGAAGCUAUUCUUUUUUUUAAUAUAAAUGAUGAAUCAAAAACAAAAAACAUUAUUUUGAGAGAAAACACAGCUAAUAAUUUAAUAGAAACAAAUUUUGAAAGGGUUAAGCAUAUUAUUACUAUGUUUACCGAUGCAUCUGAUUAUGCUUAUUCUACAGCUUGUAGAAGAAAAAAAAUUUACGAAUAUUUUGAUGAAAAACCAAUAAAAACUUUAGAUAUUGAUAUUUUUGAUCAGAAAAACAAUCUAGGUGUGUGUUAUUAUGUAGAAAAAUAUGAUAUCUAUUUAUGUGCAAGAUGUGAUAAUUGCAUGCAUUAUUUAAGUGAAAUUAAAAAAAAAAAAAAAGAAAUAGAUAAAAUUUUUAGUAAUACUAAUAACAUAAGGAUUAGUAAUGACAUAUUAAAAGGAAAAGAUAAUGAGAAUCAUGAAAAUGAAAAUAAUAAUAAAAAUACAAAAAAAAAUAUGAGAACAUCUUUGUUAACUACAUCUGUAUUUGGUGAUUUAGUAGAUUUAACUCAUGAAUUAAAAAUUUUAUUAAGUUGCAUAUCAUCCUUAAAAGGAAAAACUGGAAUAUCAACUAUUUGCAAAAUUUUAGUAAAAAGUAAAGAAUCAAGUAUAAUUAAAAAAAAUUAUCACAAUAUUAAAGAGUAUGGAAAAGGAGAACAUAAAUCUACAAAUUGGUGGUCUUCUUUUAUGAAAGUUGCAAGAAAUGAUAAAUUCGUUAAAGAAACAUUAAAUUAUGGAAGUGAUAUGAGUUACAUAAGUAUUGGGUUAACAAGUAAGGGAGAAAAUUUUAUAAAUGGCGAAGAGAAAUAUGUUAUUAGUUUACCCUUUUUCUUAUCCAAUGUUGUGAAAAAUUCUGAUAAUAAAAAAAAUAAUAAAAAUAAAAAUAAAAAAAAUAAAUAUAAUAACAAUUAUGAAGCAGAAGUAAAUAGUACUAAAAGAAAUGAUUUUUCCAACUCAGAUUCUUGUAAUAGCAAAUUUCAGAAUUAUUUUAUGAGUAAUGUAGAAAAAGAAAAUUUUAAGAAGAUAGAUUCAGAAGUUGAUGAAAAUUCCUUACAAACAAAUUUAAAUAAUAAUAAUAAUAAUAAUAAAAAUCCUAUUAAUAAAUAUGAUUAUUUUAAUACUGAUAAAAAUAGUUAUCUUAAAGAUAAUGGAGAAAAAGAACGAAAAUUAUCAAAUGAACAAAUUAAUGAUUCUAUCAUGAAAAUUUUAUUAAGAACAAGAAUGUUAGAAGCAAGAAGACAAAAUAUUCCUCCUUUUCAGUUAAUAUCAGAUCAACCAUUAAAAGAUAUAUGCUAUAAAAGAUUAACAUCAGUAGGUUUAAUAAGAAAAUAUGUUGAUAAUAUAUCACCUAUAUGCCCAAAUACUUUUUUAGAAAAAAUUGCUUCAGGUAUUAGGGGAUUCUGUUUAUUACAUGAAUUAGAAACAGAUAUAAAUAUAAAUAAUUUUAAUCAAAAUAACCCUUCAUAUUCUGCCACUAUACAAAAAUCUUCAUUAAAAAAAUUUUCCAAUUUAAUAACUUCCUUUGAAUAUGAUAAAAAUCAAAAUAAUACAAUUCAGGAUAAUGAGAAAAAUAAUAACAGAAACUAUGGUGAUGAAGAUAAUAACCAUUAUUUAAGUAGAGGAAAAAGCAGUUACGUAAAUUUUAAUAAAGAACAAACUUACAUUAAUAAUAAUAACGAUAUGAGUAAUUAUAAAAGUAAUUGUAUAAAUAAUAAUGAAAAAAAAAAUAUCAGAAAUAACAGUAUUAAUAAUAAUUAUAAUAGAGAAAUAUACAAUGAAUAUAAAGAAAAUUUAGAGUGUAACAAUUAUAGGAAUAGUAAUCCUUUUAAUGAGAGUUAUAAUAUUGACAAACUUCAUGAGUACAACAAUAGUGAUAAUCAUAGUAAUGGAAGUUCUUAUAAAAAUGUUUGUAAUAGAAAUCACAUUGAUAAUAAUAAUAAUAAUCAUUUCAGUAAAUUUAGUGUAAAUAAUUUUAAUAAUCACAAUGUAUAUAAUAAUGAUUAUAAUAAGUAUGAUAAAAAUUAUCGAAGUGAAGAUAAUAUAAAAGAUAUGAAUGUUAAUUUUAAAACUAAAAAUGUAGAGAGUAGCUUUAAAAUAAAUAAUGCAAAUGAAAGCAUAAAUAAAGAGUUUAAUAGUGAAAAAUUAACAGUUCUUAAUAAAUUUUGUUAUAAAAAUAGUGAUAAUAGUGAUUAUAAUGCUAACAAUAACAACAUAAUGAAAAAUGAUUUGAGUGCUUUUUUUGAUGAUGAUUUUAAGUUUAUAAAUGAAGUACAAAAUUUAGGUUUAAAUGAAAAGAAUUCUCUUUUAAAAGAUAAAAAAGGAGAUAUUGAGAAAAUGUGCAAUAUCCCAUAUGAGAAUAAAAGAAAAACUCACAUAAUUGAACUUGGAAUGAAUGAAAAAGACAAGUUAAAUAUUAAUGAUAACAAUAAUACAUAUUUUAAAAAACCUCAUAAUUUUUCUUCUAUUGAUAAUAAUUUAAAUAUGUCAGAAAAAGUUUUUAUUAAUUCCAUAACUACAAAAAAUACCAUAGAAGAAAAGAAAAAGGAUACCAUAAAUGAGAAAAAAAAAAAACUUGAUCUAAUAGAUUCUUUUACUUAUGAUAAUAACAAAAAUUAUGAAAGAGAUGCAAUUAUUCAUCCAACAAACCUUGAAAAUUUAUCAUUUAGAGACUUAAAAAAAAGAAGAUUUUAA